CGGUCCUUUAGCUGAAGGUUGGCUCAAUGGCGACGAGAUAGAAUGUCCACGGCACGGUGCACGCUUUUGCGUGAAAACGGGAGAGCCGCUUUGUAUGCCUGCUGUCGAAGCCAUUGAAUGUUACGCCGUCAAAAUUGAAGAUGAUGAUAUUUUGGUCAGCGUUGACUAAUGAGUUACCUAUUUAUUUCUUGGAGGAACACCCAGUGGUAACAGAAGAAACUGUAUUAGAGAGUAUCAAACAAAUUAUUGACCCAGAAAUUGGAAUUAACAUCGUUGACAUGGGGCUCAUCUACGGCGUUGACAUCAAUGACGCAACUGUGGAUAUUACGAUGACCUUGACGAGCAUGGGAUGUCCCGCUGGUGGACAGAUUAUCAACGGUGCACAGCAGGUCACGCAGCAAAUAGACGGGAUUGACGAAGUCAACGUCAAUGUCGUCUGGAGCCCGCCUUGGAACAUGGAAAUGAUGAGCGACGACGCAAAGGAUGAACUCGGCCUCUUUUAAAAGUAGUAGG